AAGUUGGCUGGCUCUCAAGGCAGAGUCUCUUCUCAAAGGCUGUUUCACAGUGAAAAUAUGCUCAGUGCAGCCGAGUGCAUGAAUGAAAAAGCCUCCGGUACCUUCUAGUCUGGCAAAAUGCAGCACAAAACUCAACUUAGUCUGCCCUUUCUACUAUCCCAGGUGCUGUUGCUUGUAUUUGCAGAAGAUUUAGAAUGCAUCCCUGGAUUCCAGCAAAAGGUUUUUCAUAUUGAACAGCCAUCUGAAUUCACAGAGGACCAGCCAAUUCUGAACUUGGUGUUUGAUGACUGCAAGGGGAAUGACAAGUUGAACUUUGAAGUUUCUAACCCAGACUUUAAGGUGGAACCCAAUGGAUCUUUAGUUGCACUGAAAAAUAUAACUGAAGCUGGCAGAGCUUUGUUCAUCCAUGCCCGGUCUGCCCAGGCUGAAGAUAUGGCAGAAGUUCUAAUUGUCGGAGGGAAAGACCAUCAUGGCUCUUUAAAGGAAAUCUUUAAGAUUGAAGAUGGCAGUCUUGGAAUUCUAAGACAAAAAAGAGCCAUUGUGGCAACACCAAUAUUAAUUCCAGAAAAUCAGAGACCGCCAUUCCCCAGAGCCGUGGGCCGGGUUAUCGACAGUGACGGAACAGAGGGAUCAAAGUUUCGACUUUCUGGAAAGGGAGUGGAUCAAGAGCCAAAAGGAGCAUUCAAAAUCAAUGAGAACACUGGGGAAAUCUCGGUGACACGGUCCCUUGAUAGAGAAGCAAUUCCCACUUAUCAACUGCAAGUUGAGAUCACUGAUGUCAGCGGCAAAAGUAUUGAAGGCCCAGUCCUUCUAGAUAUCAUUGUUAUUGAUCAGAAUGACAACAGACCCAUCUUCAGGGAAGGACCGUACGUUGGACAUGUCAUGGAAGGGUCACCUACAGGUAUGGUGACAUCAUUCGUGCUUCUGUAA